CCCUGAGAAACUAAUCUGUAUCAUUCUUUAUUUCGACCUUAGUCCCUCUAUCAACACACUUUUCCAACGCACCCCCUAUCCCUCGUUUCGCCUAUUGCUAAUUCCAAAUCCUAGGGCUCCCUCCGCCGGCCACUCUCUUCACUCUCAAUUUCCGGAACUUCUGAAGAUAUUUGAGAUGGUGAAGGGGAAGCUUAUAUUAAUUUGCCAAUCUGGUGGUGAGCUUGUGAAGACUGAUGACGGCUCCUUGACAUAUGCUGGAGGAGAGGCACAGGCGGUCAAUGUUAGCUGUGAAACACUGUUUAACGAUCUGAAGGUGAAAUUAGCUGAAAUGUGUAAUCUGGAAUAUGAGACCGUGUCCAUCAAGUACUUUCUCCCGGGAAACACUCGGACUGUCAUCACCUUAGCAAAUGACAAGGACCUAAAAAGGAUGCUUGAUUUCCACAAGGAUUCAGUAACAGCAGAUGUUUUUGUAAAGGGACAGGAAGGUUUUAAUCGAGAUGCCUUGAACAAAUACACCAGCAGGGAAACGGGUAUAAAAGUAGCCGAAUCUGUGAGCCGUGUUGCACCCACCAGAGCUGCAGGUACUCAAUCACCAGUUGAUGCUGCUAGUCCAGAUGGGACUCUUACUUCUCGCGUUGGCACUCGAAGUACUGUUGCCGCAAAAAAGACUACUCCUGCCGCCACAAAAAAGGCUACUCCUGCCACCACAAAAAAGGCUAAAAAGGCUACUCCUGCUGCCACAAAAAAGGCUGCUCCUGCUAUUGCAAAAAUGUCUACUCCUGCCACCACAAAAAAGGCUACUCCUGCUGCUGCAAAAAAGGCUACUCCUGCUGCACCGAAGAAUCAAAGUACUGCUACACCAAAGAAUCAAAGUACUGCUGCACCGAAGAAGGCUAUCCCUGCUGCUCGUGCUGCCAACCGGAGAACUGCUGAACCAAAGAAGGCUGCUCCUAUGGCUACUGACUCUGCAACAGGUGUUCAUGAUGCAACUUCUAGGAGCCCAACUAGAUCAGAUACUUCCUCAAACGACUCUGUUGACGCCGAUAGUGAUGAUUCCAGUGGUGAUUGGCCCUCUCCUGUUACUUUUUCUGCUAAGGAAACUGCUGACAGCUCAAUGGAAAUAGAUAAAAGUGUUAGUCCUGCAGAUACUGUCAAGAAGCGCAGGCGCACCGCCGCCUGGAAAAUUGGUGCAAAUGGUCCCACCAUUUUUUCUGUCCCUGAUGAUGAAGGGGACGAAAGAUCGCGAAAAAGGAAUAGCCAAAUGGUAAUGCCUGGAAAAGCUCGUCGUGCAAGAUCUGGUGACAUGUCGUUGGAAAAACUAAUUGAGUCGUGGAAAGGGGGUAUUACGGGUUUUGGUCAGAAAUUCAAGAAUGUGUAUGAGUUUCGGGAUGCAUUGCAGAAAUAUGCCAUUGCACAUCAUUUUGUGUACAGGUUAAAGAAGAAUGACAGUAGCUGUGUAAGUGCCAGAUGUGUAGCUGAAGGUUGUUCUUGGAGGAUUCAUGCAGCUUGGGUUCCAUCUGCUAAGUCCUUUAGGAUCAAAAAGUUUGAUAACUUACACUCAUGCGACGGGGAGUCAUGGAAGUCUGCUCAUCCAGCAAAGAAUUGGUUGGUGAAUAUUAUCAAGGAUCGAUUACGAGAAUCCCCAGAUCAAAAACCCAAGGAUAUAGCGAAUGGCAUUCUGCAGGACUUUGGGAUCGAAUUGAGUUAUACGAAAGUGUGGCGUGGAAUUGUGGAUGCUAGGGAGCAUAUUCAGGGCCCAUGUAAGGAAGCAUAUGAUAAGCUGUCUGGGUACUGUGAGAAGAUCAAAGAGACAAAUCCUGGAAGUAUUACAAAUCUCAUAAUUGGCGAUGACAAAAGAUUCCAAUGUAUUUUCAUCUCCUUUCACGCCUCAAUAAAUGGUUUCCUGAAGGGUUGUCGUCCCCUUAUUUUUCUUGAAGCUGCACCUCUCAAAUCUAAGCAUCAAGAAGUUCUACUGACAGCAACCGCGCUUGAUGGAGAUGACGGUUUUUUCCCAAUUGCGUUUGCAAUAGUCGAUGUUGAGAAUGAUGAUAAGUGGAAUUGGUUUCUGGAGAAGUUGAAAUCUGCAUUGCCAACUUCAGAACCCAUAACGUUUGUUUCCGAUAGAGAGAAGGGACUAAAAGAGUCUGUGCUUAAAGUAUUUGAGAAUUCUUAUUGCGGUUACUCCAUGUACCACCUUUUGGAAAGCUUGCAAAAAAAUGCGAAGCCACCGUUCCACGGAGAUGGGAAAGGGUCGUUACGUGGCUAUUUUGUUGCCGCCGCCCAUGCUCUCCGACUCGUAGGUUUGAAAAAGUUCACUGAGCAAAUUAAACACGUCUCUUCUCAAGCUUACGAUUGGGUCAUGCAGAUUGAGCCAGAGUCUUGGACAACUACAACUUUUAAAGGUGAGCGCCAUAACCAAAUCACAGAAAAUGUUGCAGAACCAUACAAUAAGUUGUUGGAGGAAUCUCGGGAAUUGCCUAUAACACAGAAGAUAGAUGCACUAAUUUCUAUGAUGACCCGUUUGAUAAACUCUCGUCAAACGGAUUCAAGCAAGUGGUCUACAAAACUCACUCCAUCAAAAAUGGUAAAACUACAAGAAGAAGCAGUUGAUUCACGCGGUCUAAAGGUUUUCAUCUCAUCCGAUACCAUAUUUGAGGUUCGCGAUGAUGUUAGUCAUGUUGUGAAUCUCAAUAACUGGGACUGUACUUGCCUUGUCUGGAAAACUACUGGACUACCUUGCCGCCAUGCUAUUGCUGUGUUCAGUUAUGCACACAAGAGUGUGUACAAUUAUUGCUCAAGUUACUUCACAGUAGAUACCUUCCGUUUAACGUAUUCCGAGUCCAUAAACCCUGUGCCCGGGUUUGACAAGAUUGCUGAAAAAGAUGAAGAGGAUGUUUCAGAUACUGAGGAUGUGCUUCCUCCUUGUCCCUCUCAAUCAUUGAGUCACGGGAAACCAAACAAGCCGAAAAAAGGGGUCUAAGUUGUAGAGUAGUUUGUUACACUUGGAGCAAGGAGGCUGGAAAAAAUGAAAAGCUCCUUUCAUAGCUUCUUUGAUUUCCUGGUGUGUUAUUCUGUACAGUUUGUGUAACUACUUGGCAAUGAGGCAGUCUCAUGUACUCAGCAACGUGGUUGUGAUGUGCAAUUUUCUCCCUCAUGGUAGGUUAGCUCAUUGUCCUAAACAGUUAAACUGUCUUGUUGGUUUCCCAGCAGUAUUUAUUCAGAUGUCUCACAGUUUCCACCAAUUUAA